GCAGACGGACCAGUGACAACUAGCUUGUUAGCAGUCGUUGGAAACAGCGCCGUACUCAAAGCAAGUUCUGAUGUUACCCGGUCUAACCUUGGUUGAAUUUACUCAUAUCUCAUUCUAGUUUGGACUGCCUACUGAUCGAGAGGUUGAGGUUCCCGUGGUGAAGAUGGGAGUACCGAAAUUUUACCGAUGGAUUUCAGAGCGCUAUCCUUGUCUCAGUGAAGUUGUCAAGGAACACCAGAUUCCAGAAUUUGACAAUCUGUAUCUGGACAUGAACGGCAUAAUCCACCACUGUUCACACCCAAACGACGAGGAUGUCCACUUCCGCAUCUCAGAGGAGAAGAUUUUUGCAGACAUCUUCCAUUACCUGGAGGUGCUCUUCAGGAUCGUCAAGCCUCGGAAGGUCUUCUUCAUGGCCGUGGAUGGUGUUGCGCCGCGGGCAAAGAUGAACCAGCAGAGGGGUCGAAGAUUCAGGUCUGCUAAAGAAGCAGAGGAUAAGAUUAAAAAAGCUCUGGAUAAAGGAGAGGUGCUUCCCACAGAGGCUCGCUUUGACUCGAACUGCAUCACUCCCGGUACAGACUUCAUGGCAAGACUUCAGGAGCAGCUCACGUAUUUUGUCCACAACAAACUCUCAACUGACAAGAUGUGGCAGAAUGUCAAAGUUUACUUGUCUGGUCAUGAGACCCCAGGGGAAGGGGAACACAAGAUCAUGGAGUUUAUUCGCUCUGAGAACACAAAGCCAGGCCAUAACCCUAACACACGACACUGCCUAUAUGGCCUAGAUGCUGACUUGAUAAUGUUGGGUUUAACCAGCCAUGAGCCCAAUUUCUCCUUGCUCAGAGAAGAGGUCCGCUUCGGAGGAAAGAAAUCCCAGAAAAGGAUAACAGCUCCAGAGGAGACAACCUUUCAUUUACUUCACUUGUCUUUGAUGAGGGAGUAUAUUGACUAUGAGUUUUCUGACCUUAAGACUCAUCUUGGGUCUGAUUAUGACUUGGAGCGAAUUAUAGAUGACUGGGUUCUUAUGGGCUUCCUGGUGGGAAAUGAUUUCAUCCCUCACCUGCCUCAUCUUCACAUCAACCAUGAUGCUUUGCCAUUGUUGUACAAGACCUACAUCAGUGUUCUACCACAGCUGGGGGGUUAUCUGAACGAGUACGGCCAUUUAAACCUCAGAAACUUUGAAAAAUACCUGGAGAAGCUUUCUGAGUUUGACCAUGAACAUUUCAGCGAGGUGUUUGUGGACUUGAAGUGGUUUGAGAGUAAAGUCGGCAACAAAUAUCUAAACGAAGCUGCUGGGGAGGCGGCAGAGAAGGAAGCUGCUAGAAAAGAUGCCAGCAAGAAGGAGUCUGCGCUGGCAGCUCUGACCUCAUCUGCCGAGGCAACUGAGGAAGAAAAGUUAAAGGUUGCAGAAGAGGAGGAGGAAGAGGAUGAUAUAUUUGAAACCGAGUUCAGACAGUAUAAACGCACCUACUACAUGACCAAGAUGGAUGUAGAUGUGGUGUCAGAUGAGUUUCUCGCCAAGCAGGCCAAAUGUUAUGUGGAAGGCAUCCAGUGGAUCUUGCACUACUAUUACCAUGGUGUUCAGUCCUGGAGCUGGUACUACCCCUACCACUAUGCUCCCUUCCUGUCAGACAUCAGGAAUAUAUCUGGGCUAAAACUGACCUUUGACCUUGAGAAACCCUUCAUGCCUUUCCAGCAGCUGUUGGCAGUCCUUCCUGCUGCCAGUAUGGAGCUGCUACCUGAGUGUUACAGGCACCUUAUGACCAGUGAAGGUUCCCCCAUUAUUGACUACUACCCUCCUGACUUUAAAAUGGACCUUAAUGGCAAGCAGCAGGAAUGGGAGGCAGUGGUUCUCAUUCCCUUCAUAGAUGAGAGGCGCUUACUAGCAGCCAUGGAGCUUUACAACCACAAGCUGACUAAAGAAGAGAAGGCCAGGAACCGGCACACAGAGUGUGCAGUCUACUCCUACGACAAAGAAAUUGACUUCCCAUACACGUCUAGCCUCCCUCAGCUGUUUCCCAACAUUGUCCACUGCCACGCUAGGAAAGCACACAUACCUAUGGAUGCCUGGCAAGUGUCUUUGGAUUUUGUCUACAAGCGCGUGGACCGCUCAGCGCUCUACUUCUGUGGCUUUCCCACCCUGCAGCACAUCAAGCACAAGUUUUUCAAGAGGAAGAGCGGUGUGGUUGUGUUCCAGCAGAGCAGCAGAGGGGAGAAUAUGAUACUGGAAAUACUGGACAGCCAGGAAGGAGAGACGAUCUGUGACGAUGUUGCCUCUCAAGUGCUGGGGAAGUCUGUGUUUGUCAGCUGGCCUCAUCUAGAAGAAGCUCGCAUUAUUGCAGUUUCCGAUGGAGAAACUAAGUUUUAUCUAGAGGAACCUGCUGGUGUCCAGCGAGUGUAUGACAGACCCUCCACUCCCCCACCCACCAAAGUUGCCUGCCUGUCUGACAAGGAGCAAAGGGAAUGGGUCAAAGAUGUCCAGGGAAUCACUGAGCACUUCAUCAAGAGGAAAGGCAUAAUUAUAAAUGAAACAGAGGUGGUUUUGUAUGGCCAGUUGCUGACGGGUAGGAAAUAUGUCCCCAAAGCCAGCGGUGUGGUGGAGCUAGAGAAGCAGUGGUCCAAACAAGUGUUGCCCUUUGCCUACCAGACUGUGGUGAAGGACAUCAAGGCUUAUUACUCAUAUUUGAACUUUAAGAGCUUAGACGAGCUCUUCCCUCAAGCAACCACUGUCUUCAUGGUGGGGAACCCAUACUAUGGUGCCAUGGGAGAGGUGCAAGACUCGAGUGAUGUCAUUAAAGAUGGACGGGUACGUGUGGUCUUCAAUGUGCCACACGAGCCACAGCUGGAGCCCUUAAUCCAGAACCAGCAUAAAUACUGUGUGAAGUACAGCCCUGGAUACGUUCUGGCGUCUCGUCUUGGAAUUACCAGCUAUCUCGUCUCCCGCUUCUCAGGAAGCAUCUUCAUUGGCAGAGGAUCUAAAAGGAAUCCUUGUGGGGAGCAAAAAGCAAAUGUUGGUCUGAACCUGAAAUUCAACAAGAAGAAUGAGGAGGUUCCUGGUUACACCAAGAGAACCGAGAAGGAGUGGCUCUAUUCUGGCGCUGUGGAGGAAUUACUGGCUGAAUAUCUGGACAGAUUUUCUGAGGUGUUUGACAGUGUGUCCAGAAACAGCCAUGAUGAUGUCUUCUAUGAAGAUGACAUUUGGCCUGGAGAGGAUCAAAAUGGGGCUGAGAAAGUUGCUGAAAUCACUUCAUGGUUGAAAGGUCACCCAGUGAGCUCCAUCAGCAGGACGUCAUGUGACCUGCAGGUGCUGGACACCGCCAUCGUGGAGAGGAUUGAGGAGGCUGUGGAGAAGGUAAAGGUGAAGAAGAGCACCAAGAAAGUUCGUGUUACUGUCAAGCCACAUCUGCUCUUCAGGCCCUUGGAGCAGCAGCAGGGUGUGGUUCCAGACCCGGACGCAGAGUAUCGGCUGUUUGACCGAGUCAUCAACAUCAGGGAGAGUUUCACUGUCCCACUAGGACUCAAGGGAACUAUCAUCGGCAUUAAAGGAGCGGAGCGUGAGGCAGAGGUUCUUUAUGAGGUCUUGUUUGAUGACGAAUUUGCCGGUGGCCUUAACAUCAGGUGUACGUCACCUCGUGGUUACCGCCUCCCUCCCUGUGCUCUCAUCAACAUCUCCCACGGAGCUCGAGCAGAUCACAACUCCCACAAGCUCACUGCCAUCGUCAAACCGCAGCCCGUUGCCGGAGCCAACUUCAGCGCUCAUCGGCAGCUGGCCGGCCUCAACCAUUCACCGAGGUCGCCCUUUAUACCCACACAGCAUAACAACAAACAAGGAGUGGUGAAGACAGGCACCCAGGGCAACAGGAACUCCCCAUCUAAAGGUCCUAUCCAGAAACAGGUGAAGAGUAAGGAGGAGUACAUGGAUGUAUGGCAGUCUAUACAGAACUCUGGUCCCCCGAACAAACCACCAGCUCAUUGGCAAAAUAAUGAGGGUCAUGUCCAACAUGGGAAGAAUCAGUCUACUCCAGUUGGCAGCAUCAGACUGCUGAAGAAAAAUGAAGACAUCGACUCCCUCACCCCCUCACAGAACACCGCCAAUAAGACCACAACUGAAUUUGAGGACCUCAUUGCUAAUCUGAAGAUCUCUAAAGGAAGCCAGCAGAGCUCACUUCCACCUGCUCCUCCACAGGCCCCCAACAACCAGUCAGAUAGCCCGCUGUCUCCUCAGUCAUUUGCCUUGAAAGGAACAAUGGUGCUGAAGGAGAUGCUAAAGAUCGACACCUCUGGCACUGCAACACAGGACAUGGUUGACAACAGCCCCUCUGGAGUCCAGCAACACAACAGGAGGCGCUCUUCCAAGAAACUUGCUGCAAAAAUUAACGCCCCCCACAGUGACACAGCAGCAUCAGUUUCUCUGUCAUCGGUGUCCUCUCCCAACCUUCCCAACACCGUGCUGACCAGUAAGGUGUCAGAGCUGUCAUGUGUCUGUUUGGGAUUAGCAAUGCCACCUCCAGAAUUCAGCUUCAUAUGCAACAGACAGGGCCUUGUUGUGUGUCAGGUGAGGCUGUCCAAUGGGCUGAUGGUUCAUGGUCCACAGUGCCAGUCAGAAAGUGAUGCCAAGGAGAAAGCAGCUUUCUUUGCCCUCCAAAGACUGAACUCUGUGGGUUCCGGCUUCCCGCUUCCGCCUCCUUUGUACCCAGGAGUGGGUCAGAUACGACCUCCGGCGUUAGGAGCCAUGACCCCCGUCUUCAAUCAACAGGGUGGUUUAAUGUUGCCCCCUCAGGGUUUCGCCCCCGCCCCUCUGUGGGGAAUGGCGCUGCCCCCUCAUCAGCACCAGAACAAACCUUUUUAUGGCACAUCAGGAACUUUCCCUGGCGCCGUGUGCCCCCAGCCUGCAACAACACUGCCCAUCGGCUCACACAACCAGUUCAUCCCGUUACAGGUGACCAAGAAGAGGGUCUCCGCCAACAAGAAGCAACAGGAAACUCGUGAGUUUUACAGCGCUGCCAGAAACCAAAUGCAGAAAUCCCAGAACCAGGCGUCGGGUCAGGUCCAGUCUCACAGCGAAGCAUCACGCUGCAAAAACGACGAGCCGUACCACCGUGCUGCCCACAGCAACCCGUCCACGCCCGACGCCGGCGCGCCAGACGCUGUACGCACAACGACCGCACACACCCCCCCUCGACAACAUGCCCCAGCAACAGGCCACACCCCUGGCUCCGCCUCUAAACGGAAGCACAGGAAGUUGGCGGUCAACUUUGAGGCAGCGAAGGUCUCUGAGUGAUGAGCUGAGGCCUUUGUGUGAGAACGGUGGAUGUGUGUGUGUGUGUGUUUGUGUGUGUGUGUGAGGAUUAGUAGCUUAAAAAAGCUACUAUUUUUUUAAAGCCUGACUUAACAUCUCUGAUCAAAACCUUGUCGUUGUCAGUCAACAUUUCAGCACAGAGAAAGCCUUUCUCACAUUUUUUUUAGAAAAUAAUAUUCAACACAGAAAAUGUGACUGAACACAACUUUAUUAUCACUUUUAAUGCCUCAAACCCUUAUAUUAAGCAUGUGAUGGAAUUCCAUCGCCCUGCACCUCCUGAUAACAACAGACUGAAAAUUGUUGCCUUUUUCAGACAGUGCAUCCACUUUCUUUUAGCAGGGCUUUUUUUUUUCUUUAAACUGAGAUUUUAAUGCACUAUUUGGAUUCAAAAAAAGUUAUGUUUGUAGUUGACUGAUGCUUCUUUUAACUGUGUGGGCUGAUGCGACAUGAGAUGACAAGCUCUGAGAUUAAUUCAGCAGGGCUUCAAUGCAUUGAUUCUAAAUCUUCCUGUUGUUUACACUUUAGGUUGUUACCCAGUGUUUCUUACAUAUCGUUGUGAACUAAGCCUCCAGCUGCCUGGAAUUAUAGGCAAUUACUUUGCUGAGCACAUGAUGUCUGGUAGAACUGAAAGAUGCAGCUACAAAAAUAAGAAUAUCAUUUAUAACCCACGUUUGUCCCAGCACCAUCCAUUUACACCUCUGUAGGUUUAGCAGAGUUCUCCUGGCAACACAGAGCGACAACGCACGUCUGAAAGCUCAGUGCCUACUGGAAACCUUUGUUCUCAGGGAGAUGUAGUCAUGGUCCUCUCUGUACAAUGGGCUCUGAUUCGCUUUGCAGGGGCAGCUUUAACUUCCACUAUUCACAAUAAUAAGAGAUCAUUUUCAUAGUAUAUAAUUUGAAAUGGAUGGUUUGUCUUUGUGUUCAUUAAGAGAACCAGGCCUUUUAUCAUGGUAACACACAGUUUGAAGCACUAUUCAUUUUUUUUUAACAUGAGCUUUGUCAGGUUUGGAUCAGUGCUGUGAAUCAGGCCGUCAUGUUUUUCGUGUCAUUGUGGUCAUUGUUUAUUAGCUUCACAGCCUUUCAUUUUAUUCAGAGCUGCUUUACACCAGCAACGUGUCCAGUCACAGGCUGUCUGUGCCACCAGCGUCCAAAUGUCCUGUGUCCUUUUUCUUCUAUAAAUUGGAAGUUGUUGUAUUGUGACAGCGUACAGGUGGACCUUUACACUGCCAAACCCUCAAAGCAACUUCAUACAACGCUAUUGUUUGGUUUUUAACUGAACUGGGCCUGGAGGUAGUGGCUGAUUUUUACACAGGUGCAAAAAAAAAUUCUUUUACCCUUCUGUGCAUUUUCUUGUUUCAAGUAAGAUUAGUUGUGCUUUUCUCGUAUGUCUAAAGCCACUGAAAUUUUAAAUAGAGAUAUAUACGCGCAAAGCAAAAAGCGUUAUUGCAUGUAUUUUAUUCCGAUUUGUAUUUAUUUGGAUGUGAACUGCACAUAUUUUAUAAUUAAGGGAAAAAGUAAGCAUUGAUAAAGAAUUGUAACUGUUUAAAAUUGUAAAAACAUAAAACAGCUUAUUUUUGUAUCUGUGUAAAUACAGCCAAAGUUUUCCAGAACAAGUGAACCAAUAAUAUUUGCUUUAAAUUCUGGCCUUUUUUGUUAAGGACACAUUUAUACAAUUGUACGUCCAUAUGAAAUCUGCUUUACUUCCUAUUUCUUUCAACCUUUCUAUGUGAUGGUUGGAUGCAGAUGUAGCCACAUGUGUUUACUUUGUUCUUGCUUUAGUUUCUUCCUUGUUUUUAGGGUGAUGUUGCGACACCCGUCCUGUGGGCCAAGUCUGCCAGGCUCUGGGACAGGAAGGUUUUAAGACACUAUGGAAGCUGAAGCACACCUGAUUAUGUAUAUAUAUAUUUUUUUUGCUUUUGAUUUAAGGCAAAAUAGAAAUUCUCAGUAUGUAUUAUACAUUACAUAUUGUUUUGAUUCAUUCAGGAAUGUGCUAUAAAUAUCCAUUUAAUAAAGCGAUUUCUUUUGUUAA